GGAGAAUAUUGCGUAUGAACUAAUUAAGAUUGUAGUGUAUUUAAAAGUUGAGUGCAUAUAGAAUGUAAUGUGAUAAACGUGAUGCACUGUGAAGUCAGUUUUAUUGAAUUGUGUUGAAAUAGAAGCGUAUCGCUAGUGAAUUUUUUCUUUUCCAUACGCUGCAACGCACACCACAGCGCUAUCUCCUGCUUUUUAUUAUUUUGGUGGCUACUUCGUAUGUUUGGGUAUUUUAUGUACUAAUAGGGGGUGAAUGAAACUCUGAGACGAAAGGAACCUGCUGUGUAAAAUCAAGUGAAUCGAACGGAACAAAUAUAAUAUAUGGUAACAGUGAUAGUGACUAUGAUUUUUAAUGCAGUCCAACAGUGGGCCUAAACUGAAAUGAAAUUAUAUUUGACGAAAAGCAAAACAAAAUGAAUUACAAGAAAUUUAACAUCACCCGACAAUUUGUGAUUGCUUCCUCUUGUGUCAGCUCAAUGUGUAGUAAAAACUGUGGUAUUUAUUAUUUUAUUGUGUUAUAAAUUCGGGUCAAAACUAGUAGAACAAUGCAAAACAAGUGUUGGAUUUUGUGAAACGGAAAAAGAUUUUUUGUAGUCAUGAAAAUUAAUGUGUGCGUAUAUAUGCGUACACUCUGUUCCGGAAUGUGUUGCGAACUUCUGCAAGUUUAGCGCGUGUGGAAGUGAGUAUAAUAAUUAAAUCCAUGGUAGCACAGCGCGCCGGGUCAGUUCAGUGAGCACGUUACAUGCUACUUUCUGUUUGGUACGAAUCAGCCGGUGCAGCAGAAUAAAUAGUUCGUGAAAGAGUAACGUUUAGGCCAUUUCUCCACGUGGAUCUGCAAGCAAAGCAGCGGUGGCCAUGGACGGCGUACGGGCGUUGGACAUCUUGCCACUGCUGCAAGAACGCUUUGCGCUACUGUCUGGUGGCCGGGAUAACCGGGGAGGCCCGAUUAUUUGCUUUCCAGCAACCACCAAGCGCGAGCGAGUAAAACCAGAAGACAUAAAACGGGUCAUCAGCUACUUCAUCGGAAUACCGGGGGAUGAUUGCAAAAAGCAAGGCUUCACUGUCAUCAUCGACAUGCGCGGCAACAGCAACACGGCCGCUAGUGCGAAAAUGAUCCUCAAAGUGCUUCAAGAGAAUUUUGGAUCGGACAUUAUCCAUCAAGCGGUUAUUAUUAAGCCUGACAAUUUCUGGCAAAAGCAGCGUUCGUCAAUUGCCAGCAAUAAGUAUAAGUUCGAGACUACAACCAUCUCAAUACAAUCACUUAAUAAGGUAGUUGAACCAUCCCAAUUAACGUCGGAUUUUGAUGGAUUUCUAUACUACGAUCAUAAUAUGUGGAUGGACUUACGGGUCGCGUUCGAAGAUUUCCUCUGGCAGGCAAGUGAUAUACUCGAUCGAAUUGACGAUUUACAGGAGGAUCUGCAGCACUCAGACUUUCCUGAGGACGCUAACAGUGUUAACUACAGUAGUGAAAAUCACAACGAAAUGAGACGAAAAAUUUUGAAAUUGCCUAUCGAAGACUUAGACCUACUGGGGCAGAAGCUGUUGGGCAAAUUCACUUCAUACUCCAAUCGCAACGAUGAAAGUUGCCACUCGACAUCAUCGCCAUCAAAAUGUCACAAUCCAGACAUUUCCGCUGCACUGAACCAGGUACUACAGCAAUUGGAAACUGCCCGAAAUGCCCAGCAACAGCUGCUGAAUAUGUGGCAACACCGAAAGACUACACUGGAUCAAUGCUUUCAGCUGCGACUAUUCGAACAGGAUUGCGAACGCAUGUUUAACUGGUUUUUGCACAAUCGUGACGUAUUUCAACAAACGUACAUUGAGAUUGGUCAUAACCACAAACAAGCGAACAAAGUGCAAGAGGAUCACCAGGAACGCUUCGUGAUGCCAUCGCGAAACGUUCCGGAUAACACCAGCCGAAUAUUGGUUGUUGCAGGGAAACUAAUCGAAAGUAACCACUAUGCAGCACAGCAUAUUCGUACAUUAGCAACAAGAUUGGACAAAACAUGCAAAGACUUCAUGAUUAUGCUGGACGAACGGACGGCAGUGCUGUCGCUCUCAGUUGUGUUUCAUCACAAGGCUGAACAGUAUACAGAAAGUGUCAGUAGUUGGGCGGCAGCAUGUGAAGCAACCAUUCCAACGCCAACUAGCGUCGAAAGCCUGGAAACAGCAAUCCGAACACAUCAGUCAUUGUACGAGGCAAUGUGCCAAGCAUACACAGAAGUGCAUUCAACUAGUAAAAAACUCUUGUAUCAAUUGGAUCACCUUGUACAAGUCUGCAAUCAGCCACCGGCAGUUAACACGAGACGAAAUGACAAUACUCCCUUUAACGGAGGCAACCCGGCAGCUGACUACAGUAGGGGUGCAUCUCACGUACUGACCGUUAUACAUCAGAUACUUGGCCAUCACCAGCAACUUGAAAUUAAAUGGCACGCUGGUAAGCUGAGGCUGCAUCAAAAAUUAGCACUACGAUUGUUCCAAGAGGAUGUCAAACAAGUGCUUGAUUGGCUUCAAAACCAUGGGGAUGUGUUUCUACGGAAAAAUCGAGGCAUUGGGAAGAGUUUGCAAAAGGCCCGCAUUUACCAGACAAGUCACGAGCAUUUUGAAAACGUAGCUCAGAACACAUAUCGAAAUGCAGAAAAAUUAUUGGCGGCUGCGAAAGAAUUAGCACGGUCCGGUGAGGUUGCUCCACAGGAAAUAUACUCAGUUGUAAGAGAGCUAGAAACUAAUGUGGCGUCGUUCGCUGAACGUGUUGAACAGAGGCGGAGGCGAUUGGAUCUGGCAGUGUUGUUUUAUACCAAUGAAAAGAAAAUUUCCGCUUGGUUAGAACAAUUACACGCCGAGAUAUCCAAUGAAGAAUCAAUGGAACUAGCAAACGAACACUUGGACGGAACCGAACGGUUGCUUGAGCAAUGUAAAGAACAGGAAGAGAAUACGCUUAAGACUUGCAUACAAGCUAUAGCUCAAGGAGAAGCUCUUCUGCAAGAGUUAGGUGCGAUUGAGGAAGAAGAUUCCGCUGGGUCGUUAACAGCUGUACAAAAUGCAUUAGAUCGUAUUCAAAAGAAUCGUUUGGAUCUAGAGAAUCUUUGGCAGGCACGGAAAAUGAAAAUUGAUAUGUAUCUUCGAUUUAAAAUGUUCGAACGGGAUGCGUUAGAGGUUUGCUCGCAGUUAGAAAUGUGGGCAGAAGAAUUACAACACACGGAUGUAUCAUGCGAUUUCCAGAAAACGGAACAAGUUCUUAGGCUGCACAAUGAAUCAGUUAGCCAAAUGCAAACAACUACCUAUCAAAUGAUCAACACCGGUCAAGAACUAAUGGAACUAUUCGAAUCAUCCGGAAUACUACUAAUGGUUGAACCGCAUACGACUGCGCAGAACAGAGUAGAAUAUUUGUUCAAAUUUUUGCAUGAUCGAGAGCUGCACCUUGAGGAUUUAGCCGAGGCAAAACGAAUCAAGUUGGAGCAGUCUAUGCAGUUGUGUCACUUUCAAAACGAUGCAAACCAAGUUAUUUCUUGGAUUCGCAAUGGCGAGGCAAUGUUGAUGGCGAAUUUUUCUAUUCCAAACAGCUAUCAAGAAGCAGAACAACUUAGGAAGCAGCACGAUCAGUUUCAAGUUGCCAUCGAACGAACCCAUACUUCUGCGGUACAAGUAAAAUAUCGUGCCGAUGCACUCAUGAAUGCAAAUCAUUAUGAUCCGCAAAGUAUAAAAGAUAUAGCGGAUGAGGUCACUAAAAAGUGGCAAAAACUAGUCACAUGUGCCGAGGAACGUCAUAAGCUUGUAACGGCCUCGUUAAAUUUCUUUAAAACAGCUGAACAGGUUUGUAGCGUUUUGGAUAGCUUAGAAAAAGAAUACCGCAGAGAAGAAGAUUGGUGUGGAGGAGGAGGUUCCACUGAUAAGGGACAGCAAAUAGUACAGCUAAUCUCAAAACAUCAGGAACAAAAAGAAGCUUUCCUUAAAGCAUGCACACUAGCACGGCGAACAGCAGAAACAUUCCUAAAAUAUGCGGCUCGUUCAUUGCAAUUUUAUCAUAUUAAAAGCACUGUUAAUAGCGAAUCUCGCGUAAAAGCAAUUCUAGAUAAACUGUUAACGCAAGAAACGCAAGUUUUGGAAUAUUGGACCCAACGAAAAAAGCGGCUCGAUCAAUGCCAGCAAUUUGUUUUAUUCGAAAGAUCAGCCAAACAGGCAAUCGAAUGGAUCCAUGAUACUGGUGAAGCCUAUUUGUCUUCAAGGAAUAAUAAGCUUUGCAGCAGUCGGGAGGAAACUGAGGUACUUUUGCGCGAGCAUAAUGAAUUUAAGGGGACUGCGAAGGAAACGCGUGAGCGAGUAAAGCUGCUUAUUCAACUGGCAGACUCCCUAGUGGAGAAAGGCCACGCACAUGCAAGUUCGAUAAAGCAAUGGGUCGCUACAGUCGAUAACCGCUACAAGGAUUUUAGCAGUCGUAUGGAACUUUAUCGGACUAAUUUGGAGAAAUCGUUAGGCCUACCUGGUAUUCAGCAACAAGACGACAAUAAUAGUAUUAGUAGUAGUAAUAACAGUAGCAACAAUAGUCUUAACUGUAAGUCCAUUUCCUCCUCGAUGACCUCAGUGUCGACUGCAUCGACCAGUGGUGUGUCAUCCGCUUCUUCCACAACGUCCAACACGUCAGUACUCGAAUAUCGUCACUCAGAUCCAUCACUGGAAACUAAACUAAACGCUGCAGCUGUUAGCACCGUAUCAGUUGGAGUACCCAAGGAAAUGAAUGAGGAGAAACGAAAAUCUGCCCGUAAAAAAGAAUUUAUUAUGGCUGAGCUGCUACAAACUGAACGUACAUAUGUCAAAGAUCUGGAAACAUGUAUCAAUGUCUUUGUAAACGAACUGAAAAGUGGCGUAAAUGUGCCUCCUAAUCUUGUCGGUAAGGAGCAUAUUCUCUUUAGUAACAUAGUUGACAUUUAUCAGUUUCACGAAAAAAUCUUUUUGAAAGAAUUGGAAAAAUAUGAAACAAUGCCCGAGGACGUUGGCCAUUGUUUCGUAACGUGGGCUGCCAAGUUUGAUAUGUACGUCUUCUACUGCCAGAACAAACCGCAGUCCAACGAUUACAUGGUUCAGUACGGUGGAACUUACUUUGAAGAUGUACAACGAAAACAUAAACUCGAACAUUCGCUACCUGCCUUUCUGAUCAAACCGGUGCAGCGAAUUACGAAAUACCAGCUAUUGCUGAAAGAUUUACAAUCUUGUUGUGAUGAAGGACAGGGUGAAAUUAAAGAUGGCCUUGAGGUGAUGUUAAAUGUGCCGAAGAAGGCCAACGACGUGAUGCAUCUGUCGUUGCUGGAAGGAUGUGACGUCCCAAUCGAUAAUUUGGGUGAUGUUGUGCUACAGGACUCCUUCCUAGUUUGGGACAACAAGCAAAUCCUCAUAAAGAAAGGACGAGAGAGACACGUUUUUCUAUUCGAGUUGUAUAUACUCUUUUCCAAAGAAGUAAAGGAUACCAGUGGAACAGUCAAGUACAUUUACAAGAGCAAACUGUUGACAUCUGACUUUGGGGUCACCGAACAUAUUGAGGGAGAUGAGUGUAAGUUCGCCAUAUGGACUGGCCGCGCCCCCAUGCUGUCCGACUACCGAAUCGUACUGAAAGCUACUAGUCUUGAAACGAAACAAAUGUGGGUCAAGCGAUUACGUGAAGUGAUACAAGAAACGUAUUUCUCUGGCACUUCGUUUUCACUGCUUAAAUCUCCUGCAAAGGUUGGUAGCAAGCAGUUAGGUCAGCGUCUGUCGAAAGACAUCGACGAUACUUUGAACGAUAACGAUCAAGAUGGAAGUUCCCUGGCAAGCUUCGGAUCGGGAAAUACCACCGACAGUGAAAAGGGUGGCUUAACGGAAGUAACGUGGGUGAUAGCGGAUUAUUCUGCAACCCAGGGAACCUCAGAACUAACUGUUACCAAAGGCGCUCAAGUGGAGAUCGUCGAUAUGAACUGUGCUGCAGCACCUGAAUUUUGCUUAGUGCGGCUGCCGAUCAACUCAACCGACAGUCAGGAGGGCCUUGUACCGGUUUCGGUUCUCAAACCUCUACCUUCAUCACACAGCAAGCUGAACAACAAACAACGCGAUGCCGAUGCAUUGGGAGAGGUUCCUCAAGAAAAUGACUGUAUUUUAUCAAAUCAGCAUACAUCACCUGUUAACAAACGAAAGGGUUUCAGUGGGAAAAAGUGGCUACCAACCCAACUGAGGAAAUUGUCACACGGCAAAUCGGAUAAACUUCCACCAGUGGAGAAAUCGCUUAUCAGUAAGAAGGGCUCUGAUAAAAAGCCUAAGGACAAACCAACGGAAGAGGUGGAACCGUCUACAACCAGUUCACAGAACGAGUUUGAAGCUGAAGAAGAGCCAACAAUUGAGCUACCACCACCGAUGAAACCCAUCCAGGAUGCAGCCACUGCACUAACUGGAUCACCGUCAUCUACUUUAACUAAUGCAGAAGAUCAGUCUUGUGCCAGUGCCAAGAUAACCAAAGCUUUGUCACUGAAGUCACUGGAAGAACCGUCUGCCGCAGUAAAUCAGACGGCCGAUAUGGCGGAAAUUGAGCGAAUAGUCAAGGAAAAAGUUCAAAGUUUCCGAUAUUUGGAAAGUGAUUCUACUGCACUCAGCAGCGUUAGCGAAGGGCAGGGCAAUGUGGAUAUUGGCAUUGGUCAACUGGAUAAUACUACCGUAGGGAUGUCACUAGUAAGUAACGGAGGAAGCAGCAGCAAUACAGUUAUGAUCAGCGGUUCGCCACUUGGAAAGCCGGCGAUUUCACCACAGUUUUCUGAAACUGAGAAUAAUGAAGAGAAUCUGACUGAUGAGCAGGGACUUGAUGAGAUUCUACGGAAACGAAUGUUUGCCCUGCGAGAGCUCAUUGCUACCGAAGAGGCUUACGUGAAUGAUCUCUCACAAAUCGUUAAUGGCUACAUUGCGGAAAUACGAAAUCCAAACAGCGUUGUGCCAAUCCCCGAUGAUCUGAAAGGAGGCAAGGAGCGAAUGGUGUUUGGCAACAUAGAGGCCAUCUACGAGUGGCAUAGAGAUCAUUUCCUAAAGUCGUUACAAAAGUGUUUGUUGAAUCCUCACGAGCUAGGCCCAUUGAUAAAGCGUAGCGAACGUAAGUUGCACAUGUAUGUUGUGUAUUGUCAGAACAAACCAGUAUCGGAGCAUAUUGUACAAGAGCAUAUGAGUUAUUUUGAUGAAUUACGCUUAAAAUUGAAAUAUAAAUUAUGUUUAGGAGAUAUGCUCAUUAAACCUGUCCAAAGAAUAAUGAAGUACGAGUUAUUGCUGAAAGAUAUCCUGAAACAUACUCAAAGGGCCGGUCUCACCGAGGAAAUUCCAGGAUUAAAAGAUGCAAUGCAUAUAAUGCGUGUAGUUCCUAAGGCAGCCAAUGACAUGAUGGAUGUUGGCCGGCUGCAGAAAUUCGAGGGUAAAAUUACGGCACAGGGAAAGCUAUUGUUACACGGUCCGCUCUACUGUGUUGAAGGUGCCACCAGUAGUGAUAAGAAUUCGUAUAACACACAAAAACCGAAGGAACUUCAUGUGUUUCUGUUUGAGCAAAAUAUCAUCUUUGCAGAAAUAAUCGGCAAGAAGACACAGUUCACCAGUCCGAGCUACAUCUACAAGGCACAUAUACAGGUCAACAAAAUGACUCUGCAGGAUUUGUCAGACCAAACUAACGGCAACCGGUUUUCGCUUUGCUCAAUCGAUCCGCAACGGUCCAGUCUCAGUUUUAUAUGCACUGCACCCACGAUCGAGCUGCACAACGAGUGGCUCAACACCAUACGCAACAUUCUGCAGACGCAGAACGACUUUCUGAAAGCAAUACAAAGUCCCAUCGCCUACCAAAAGGAGUUGACUAAAGAGUCAUAAAUACAUCACGGCGACGUGCCGAACGAAAUAAAAGUAUAUGCUGGAAGCUAUGCUUGGUAAAAACUGUGAAGCAAAAAGUUCUAUUGUUUGGAAUGGUGGUAAUGGUAGAACCAUGUCUUGACUCAACAGUAUGAAUGGUCGACCGUUUCGGACAGCAGCUCACGUUGAUGAUAUCACAUUGUGAAAACCAAACCAUUUUAUGUAAGGAAAGCAGCAAAGUUUAGGUAAUCCAAUUAAUAUAAAUAAUUUGUAAUUAAAUAUACAUAAAUAUACUUGAAAAUUACAAUGAUAAAACGAUAGACAAAAGUAUUGUUCUAUAAAGAUUAAAAUGAUGAUCAAAAUUGAAAAUAAGAAAUGGGAACGCUUACCAAAAAUGACGGUUUGUGACAACUUGAACAAAUAACACAUAAAAGCUAGCGUAAAAUAUACAUAAAGAUUCAUUUGCGAAUGUCAACAAGAAAACAUCAAAAACAACAACAGCUAGAAUAUGGCUGCAAUAAAAAUAACAUUCAAACAUGAACAACAAAAUAUAUUUUACUAACAUGGCUAUAUUCAGAAGUUUAAGUAUUGUAAAAAAUCAGAACAAAGCAAACACAGGAUUAACAUAAAAUAUAAAGUAGCACAUGCAGUACUAGAAUAGAAAGUACAAUCUUUCCAAGCCGGAUCCUUAUGGCUUAAGAUGAAAAAGUUGAAAACUAAUUGGUGAUGAAAAUGAUGGACUGUGCGCUCGCAUAGGUUGCAAAGACAAAAGAGCGGCUUAUUUUUGGAUGAUUUUGAUUACCGUAAUCACAAGGUUUAGAUUUUGUUUUCUUUCACUUGGAUAUACAAACAUUUAGUUUUCACACAAACAUCUAAUAUAUGAUAACAAAUCUUUGCAUAACGUCCAUAAUAAGAAAUGAUAGAACGAAUCAAUUGUUCAUUUCGUGCAUUCUAUCGUUUAUCGCUUGAAAUGAUUAUUAGUACUACUACUGCUGUGGGGUUAAUUGAUAUUUCUUUAGUUUUCCAAUUAAUUGCUCUAAACUACCACUUCUUUCUAUGCAAGAGGUGCUGUAGUUGACGACAGAUAAGCACUUUCUAAAGUCCGUAUGGUUGUGCAAGAAAGAGAAAAUAAAUAUUUGUGUGUGAGCUAUGAGAAGCGAUAUCCUAAAGUGAUGUUGCUUGAGAUCAGAAGGCAAACAGGCUUUUAAUUCUUUCUAUAGGCUCUGCCCUGGAAAAUUCGGAUGUCUUAAAAGAUAAUUUAUUUGAACUGUAGAUCACUUAAUUCUCAAUAUUCUUAUUUCGAUAUGAUCUCAAGAAACGUACACAGUUUAUAUAUGUUUCACACGUGUGUUUGUACGAGUGUGUGGGUAAGCAAUGUUUAGGACGGAUUGCAAACAAGUGAAAAAGCUUCUAUUACUUUUGGAAAAUUCAAGCAACGAGAUUUCGUUCUCUCAUUGUAAAUGAAAGGUAUUUUGCGGACUGGUUUGAACAGCGUACGAUUUGAAAGAGCAUUUCAAAAUGUGUACGUGUCCCCUAUGACUCUUACAACCAAUAACUCAAUUUGCAAACGUAUCGUUUUACAUUUUAAUCGAACUGUGAUUGAAACCAGAAUUCAGAUGAGUGAAAUUUCGUUUCUUAUUUGAUUUUUUCGUUCGUGUUUUUAGUUUAAAAUUAUUGAGCAGAUUUUCUGUAGUUUGAAUAAAAUGUCAAUAUUUUUUUACUUUGAAACGCGCCUAUCACAAACUAAAAAAAUUAAUCGAUUGAGAAGAACAUUAUGGGGUUGGUAGUAAAAUCGGAAAAAAAUAGCAGGGAAAAUGUUCACAGAUAAGCGUUCUGUAAAAAUUUGUGUGAUAAUACUUACUAGUAAUAUGUUAUGUUUAAUUUAUGAAUUUAUCCUAAUUAUAAAUUAUGAUCACCUAGUUCGCUAAGCAAAAGAAUAAUACAAAAAUAAAUCGAGCCAAGAUUCUGACAAUUUUGAUGAAUUAUUGUGGAAAAAGAAAAUCUCACGAAAAGUAGUGAAUA